AUGUUUGGUCAUAAGAAAUCUCCGUUACAUAGGUUUUCUAAACACAAGUCAGAAGACCAAGUCCUCAGUAAUUUCAGUACUAACCCUUUUGAUGACAAUUCUUUGGAUAACAAGCAAACCCUUGAACCGUCUAGGCGAACUUCCUCGGAUCCUUCUCUAGUUACCCCAAAUUCACGUACUAAGCUUUUUGAUGAUGAUGAUGAUGAGAUUAAGGGAAACACAUCAUAUAAAAGCUCCAUUACUUCAGCAGAAAGAAACAGGUACAGGAACGAUUUUCACGAUUCUGGAGGAUUCGAUGCCCAGAGUGUACAGGAAUUGGAAAAUUAUUCUGUAUAUAAGGCUGAAGAGACUACAAAGACUGUCGACGAUUGCCUCAAGAUUGCAGAGGACAUAAGGGAAGAUGCUACAAAAACUUUAGUUACCUUACAUCAGCAGGGAGAGCAAAUUACGAGAACCCACAUGGUCGCUGCUGACAUGGACCAUGACCUUAGUAGGGGCGAGAAACUGAUGGGAAAUCUUGGGGGCAUAUUCUCGAAGACAUGGAAGCCUAAAAAGGGUCCUCCAAUAAAAGGGCCUGUAAUCACUCGAGAUGAUCCGGUGCAUAGAAAAGGUAACCACUUGGAGCAGAGGGAAAGACUUGGAUUGACUUCUUCCUCAAAGGAACGACCAUCACGAACACCGCCUCUUGAACCUACGAAUGCAUUGCAGAAAGUUGAGGUUGAAAAGGUAAAACAAGAUGACGCCCUCUCAGGUUUAAGUGAUGUUUUAGGAGAGCUUAAGGAUAUGGCUAUCGACAUGGGAUCUGAAAUUGAGAGGCAGAACAAAGCGUUGGAUCCUUUACAGGAUGAUGUGGAUCAGGUGGCAAUCCGAGUGAAAGAUGUCACUCGGCGUGGGCGUCGUUUGCUUGGAAAAUAG